UACUGCGCAUGCUCAGAGAGGGAAUCCACGCCCGCCGCAGUGUGCGUAGACCGAUAGUUACUCGCCGCGGCGUUUUGUGGUUUCUAAAUAGAGCGAAUCUUGGCUCGCGGACGGUCACGUGAUCUUUCAGGAACUCUGACAGUGCAGUCAUGGCUCGUGGUCCCAAGAAGCAUCUGAAGCGUGUAGCAGCUCCAAAACAUUGGAUGCUGGAUAAACUGACGGGUGUGUUUGCUCCUCGUCCAUCUACCGGUCCCCACAAGCUGAGAGAAUGUCUCCCUCUCAUCAUUUUCCUAAGGAAUCGACUGAAGUAUGCCCUAACUGGAGAUGAAGUAAAGAAGAUCUGCAUGCAGCGGUUUAUCAAGAUUGAUGGCAAGGUCCGGACUGAUGUAACCUACCCUGCUGGUUUUAUGGAUGUCAUCAGCAUUGACAAGACGGGAGAGAAUUUCCGUCUGAUCUAUGACACCAAAGGCCGCUUUGCUGUUCAUCGGAUUACACCUGAAGAGGCCAAGUACAAGUUAUGCAAAGUGAGAAAGAUCUUCGUGGGCACAAAAGGAAUCCCUCAUCUGGUGACUCAUGAUGCUCGCACCAUCCGCUACCCUGAUCCCCUCAUCAAAGUGAACGACACCAUUCAGAUCGAUUUGGAAACUGGCAAAAUUACUGAUUUCAUCAAGUUUGACACUGGUAACCUAUGUAUGGUAACCGGAGGUGCUAACUUGGGAAGAAUUGGUGUGAUCACCAACAGAGAGAGACACCCUGGCUCUUUCGAUGUGGUUCAUGUGAAAGAUGCCAAUGGCAACAGCUUUGCCACCCGGCUUUCCAACAUUUUCGUUAUUGGCAAAGGCAACAAACCGUGGAUUUCUCUUCCCCGUGGCAAGGGUAUCCGCCUCACCAUUGCCGAAGAGAGAGACAAGAGACUGGCAGCCAAACAGAGCAGCGGGUGAAAUGAUCUCUAGGUAACAUGACUGGAAAAGUCUUUGUACCUAAUUAAAGUUAAAUAUAGCAUGAUCACUUGCCAAGAAAAAAAAUUCCUCAUCUUUGAAUUGCCUGUUUAUAUCACUUGCAAAUUUUUCUAUUGGAUUAUUUGUCUUUUCCAUAUUAAUUUGUUCGGAGUAUACUUUUACUUUUUUUUUAUUUCACUAAUUUCUAUUUAUAUUGCUCACCAUCUGCAGUUUUGGGGUAUACUCUGCUGUUCAUGUUCUGAUUUCUCUAGGUAAACACUUAGCUGAUUUAUUUUUGAUCAGUCUUUCUGAUAAAGCAUAUAUGCUUAAGGUCAUAUAUUUUCUUUUAAGUACUUUAACUGAAUGUUACUUUUUAAAAGGAAUCUCACAGCUUUUGCUAUGUGGUUUUUCACUGUUGCAGUUCUAAAUAUAUUAUAGUUUCGUUGUUUUAUUCUCCUUCCAUGAGUUAUUUAGAACUGUGGUUUUAAAUUUCCAGAGGUAUGCAUUUUGUUUCAUUCCUUUAAAAAAAAAAAAAAGUAUCUUUUUUGUUACUGAUUUCUAACUUCAUUAUAUUGUGUUCUUAGGAUAUGUUCUGUAUGACUUUAUCGGUUAAUACUUAGUGAGCUAAAACUAAUAUUAUAUGCCAACUUAAUUGAAAAAUUAAAAAAUUAUUUUAAAGAAAAACAAAAAACAACUUUAAUGGCCUAGUGUAAGUCAAAUUUUAUGUUCCAUGUGUACUUGAAAAUAAUAUUUGUUUUCUAAUAUUUGUAUAUUAAAGUUUAUUACAUUGUUUAAUCUUUUAUAUGUUACUAAUUUUGUUUUAUUUUUGUUCAUGUAUCAUACUUUUUAGGGGAAAAGUAUAUUAAAAUGUAUCACUAUGUUUGUAGGUUUUUUCGUUUUCCCUUGUAUUUCUGCCUAAAAGAUUUUUGAGGCUAUGUUGUUAGAUUCAUAUAAGUACUAGAUGAUAGAUGAAUUUUAUCAUCAAGCAAUGAAACCUGUAUCCCUGUUAUCCCUUAAAGUCUAUUUUGUGAGAUUUUAAAAUCGCUGUUAUCAGUUUUCUUUCUCUAUUUUGCCCUAAAUUGGGAGGCAGCAGAGAACAAUGUUAAGAGUAUGGCCUCUGAAGUCAUAGUGCCUGGUUCCAAAUCCCAGCACUAACAUAUCCUGUCUAUAUGAUUUCAAGCAAGUUAAUAACCUCAAGUGUUCCCACGUAUAAAAUGGGCAUAGUUACUGCUCGCCUCAUAGGAUUGUUAGGAGGAUUAAACUAAUUACUAUUUUUAAAGUAUUUUGAACAUCAUAGAAGGCACUCCAUGUGUAUUCGUAAAAUAAAAUAAAUAUAUCUGCAUCCCUUUUGUGUCAA